AUGACUGCUCCCGCCUCAGGCGCCAUCUUUGUCCUCGGAAUCAAGCUCACGACACUACCGCCUCACCUUGAAGCUACAUACGGAAGCCUCAAGCAGAUCGGAGCCAAAGUGACAGAGGAUCUCGAGCGCUGUCAUCGCAAUGGCUUCCCAUGCACUUUACGGGUCAUCGAUCCUCAGGACGUCGACGGCUCAGUCUCCGCCUUCGCAUCGGAGCUUAAAGCCAGCGGCAACAAGUAUGAGGCCGUGAUCUUUGGUGCAGGCAUAAGAACACAUACAGAUCCUAUACCUUUUGAACGAGCAAUUGCAACUGCCCGACGAACUCUGAGGCCGGAUGUGCCCGUACUGUUCAAUGAUGGGCCGGACAGACAUGCAGCGGCCAUCGAGAGACAUUUCGGUGUGAAGUUUGAGCAAGAUUAG